AUGGCGCGACCGAUUGAAUCCGUGAUGGACAUUAACGAUUCUAAAGAUUUGUGGAAGAUUGCUGUUCGUUGUAGACAUCUUUGGACUGUGAGAAGUUCGUCAAACAAAGAACACCUUGAACUAAUUUUGGUUGAUUCUAAGUUGGAUAUGAUACAAGCAAUUGUACCAUCCCAUCUGGUGUCGAAAUAUGUGGGCGAUCUUGCCGUAGGAGCUUCAUAUAUCAUGCAGAACUUUAAAGUCUCAAACAACGAUUUCUCCUUUAAGUCUACUACUCAUGGAUACAAGUUGGUAUUUUGUGGUUCAACUUAUGUUAAGAAAAUGGAGCUCCCGGAGAUUCCUAUAGAUUAUUUCAACAUUCUUGGUUUGGCGUCCAUUGCUGAUGGAAAAUUCCAGCCUAAUGUAUUGGUUGACGUAGUUGGAGGAGUUACUGAAAUUCUGCAGACUCAGAUAAACUCAGAUAACAACAAAAGCAAGUUUGUGUUUAUGAUCACUGACAUGAGCAAAAUUGUCGUGCAGUGUACACUAUGGGGUAAUUUUGCAUUGCAAUUUUAUGAAUACUACAAGAACCAUGGGGAAGAUGUGAACAUUGUUGUUCUAUUACAAAACGCAAGGAUAACGGCUGCGCAAGGAGGUUUUCCUUUAAAUGUAUCCAAUGCUUGGAGUGGCACAAAGCUGGUCAUUAAUGAUAUUAGUAAUGUUGAAAUUAAGAAGCUGAAGGAUAGCCUAAAUGCUGAACUGCCAAAGCUUUCUUCAUCAAGUUUGCAAGUUGAAACAACUCAAACCUCACAGUAUUCCGAUUUUGAUAAAUUUAUAUGGAAGGCCGAAGUCAUUAGUUUGGCUGAGAUCGCGAUGCUUAAACAAGAAACAACAUGUGUCACCAUAGCGAAGUUGGAGAAGUACAAGCUUGAAGUGUUGGGAGUUGAUGGUAAAUUCAAGUCCCGUUUCGUCUUUUGGGAUAGUGACUAUUUCAAGUUAAUUGGAAAAUCUGCUCUACAAAUGAAAAAUGAAUUAGUGGAGGCCGGUGAAGACAAUCCGUUAGAAUUCCCUUUUGGUCUUGAUGCUAUGUUGAAGAAGGAGUUGGCAAUUAGAGCUGUUUUUCAACCGAAAUUUAAUCGUCUUUCGGUUAUUAGCUUUAAAGACGAUGAAGAUUCACGUAAGAAAGUUAAGGACACCUUCAAGUCUCAUGAGGAUGUAUCGAAAAUUCCAAUUUCAUUGUCUUCCUCACAAGAUGAUAUGAAGAGUUUAUCGGAACCUUUAUCUGUAUCUGCUGAUUUCGACCCCAAUGCUGCGAAUUCUAUGAUGACCCCCUGUAAACGUAUAAAUCCUGAAGCGUCAGAAGAUGUUGAAAGUGUUCAACUUUCCUCUACGAAGACGAUGAAACCUGUAAAAAAGGAAGAUGGUCGAUAGAUGAUGAUUGAGUUAUUUGUAAU